UCUCAGCUCGCUGCAUUUUUAUAACUGCACAGCUGCAAGGACUGCAAGAGAUUUAAUACGACGAUCGGGACAUCUCCUUCAGCAAAACUAAGUCCGGCGAUACUCCUGAAGCUAUUGACCAACUUUGCGGGGCUUCAUAAAAGAACUAUAACGACACCAGUCUCACCGAGUGGCGUGCACCUCUGUUGAAGAGGCACCAAAACCCAGAGGGACCCCAGGGAGGAUUUGCCCCGGCUGAGAGACGAGCUGACCUCAGGAUUGCCCGGCCUCACUGAGUGUGGCACCAGAUCGGCUGCACGGCACGGCAGGCUGUUGGGUACCCCUCUGAGCUGCGAAGAGGAGAGGAGUCUGGCCCUGCACUGAAAACGAGAUUCCGCCAUGGGGAAGCAGAACAGCAAGCUCCGCCCAGAGGUGAUGCAGGACCUGCUGGAGAGCACGGACUUCACCGAGCACGAGAUCCAGGAGUGGUACAAGGGCUUCCUGCGGGACUGCCCCAGUGGCGCCCUCUCCAUGGAGGAGUUCAAGAAGAUCUACGGCAACUUCUUCCCCUAUGGCGACGCCUCCAAGUUCGCCGAGCACGUCUUCCGCACCUUCGACGCCAACGGUGACGGGACGAUAGACUUCCGGGAGUUCAUCAUCGCGCUGAGUGUGACAUCGCGUGGGAAGCUGGAGCAGAAGCUGAAGUGGGCCUUCAGCAUGUACGACCUGGAUGGCAAUGGCUACAUCAGCAAGUCCGAGAUGCUGGAGAUCGUGCAGGCAAUCUACAAGAUGGUCUCCUCCGUGAUGAAGAUGCCUGAGGAUGAGUCCACUCCAGAGAAGAGGACAGAGAAGAUUUUCCGUCAGAUGGACACCAACCGUGACGGCAAGCUGUCCCUGGAGGAGUUUAUCAAGGGGGCGAAGAGUGACCCCUCCAUCGUGCGCCUGCUACAGUGCGACCCGAGCAGCGCUGGCCAGUUCUGAGCACAGGGGUCCCUCUGCGCAUCUGCUUGUUUGGGUUAACUUCCCCCGACACGAUGUGGUUGGGUUUGGGCUUUCACCAGAAAAAUCCCCCCCUCGCCCUCCCC